GGGCCAGUUGUGAGUCAAACGGAGGGAAGCGGGAGGAACCGGGGCUCGCCUCCAGUGGAGCAGCGGCGGCGGCGGCGGCGGCGGCAAAACCCGCAGCGCCCUCCCGGCCUGGGCGCCUCCUUCCCGGCCGCUGGAGGAAGGCGAGGCCCCGGGUGCCAGGAGGGAGGCAUUAUUGGCGGGGCCCUCCCUCCAUCUCUGCCCCAUUCAUCGCUUCCAGGCUCCUUCCAGGCUCCAUGGGCUGAGCCUUUGCAGCAGCAGCACCACAGUUGGAGACGGCGCUGUUGUUGUCGUGGCUGUUGCUGCUGCUGCUGUUGUUGUUGUUGCAACCUCCUAGGCCUCCUUCCCUGCCAGGCAUGAGGAGCUGAAGAAGGGGAGAAGAACUAUUUUCCGUGAGGGCCAGCGGAUGGUCUUUGGACAUUGAACACUAGCAGAAGAGACAUUCUGCCAUUAUGAAUGAAGUAGCAAUAGUGAAGGAAGGCUGGCUCCACAAAAGAGGAGAAUAUAUUAAAACAUGGAGGCCAAGGUAUUUUCUGUUGAAGAAUGAUGGAACAUUCAUUGGUUACAAGGAGCGACCGCAAGAUGUGGACCAGCGAGAAUCCCCCUUAAAUAACUUCUCAGUGGCACAAUGCCAGUUGAUGAAGACAGAGAGACCUAAACCAAACACAUUCAUCAUCAGAUGCCUCCAGUGGACCACAGUAAUUGAAAGGACGUUUCAUGUGGAGACUCCAGAGGAGCGGGAAGAAUGGACAAAAGCCAUCCAAACAGUAGCAGACAGCCUUAAAAAGCAAGAGGAAGAAAUAAUGGACUUUCGAUCUGGUUCCCCCAGUGAUAAUUCGGGUGCCGAAGAAAUGGAAAUUUCUAUGACAAAACCAAAACACAAAGUAACUAUGAAUGAAUUUGAAUAUCUUAAGUUACUGGGGAAAGGUACUUUUGGAAAAGUCAUCUUGGUGAAAGAAAAAGCUACUGGACGGUAUUACGCAAUGAAAAUUCUGAAGAAGGAAGUAAUUGUUGCAAAGGAUGAAGUGGCACACACCCUGACAGAAAACCGGGUUUUGCAGAAUUCUAGGCAUCCUUUCUUAACGGCUUUGAAAUAUUCUUUUCAGACACAUGACCGUUUGUGUUUUGUUAUGGAGUAUGCUAAUGGAGGCGAGCUGUUCUUCCAUCUGUCACGAGAACGUGUCUUUUCCGAAGACCGUGCCCGGUUUUAUGGAGCUGAGAUUGUAUCAGCAUUGGACUACCUACAUUCAGAAAAGAAUGUGGUUUAUAGAGAUUUAAAGUUGGAAAACUUAAUGCUGGAUAAAGAUGGGCACAUAAAAAUAACAGACUUUGGGUUAUGCAAAGAAGGGAUCAAGGAUGGAGCAACGAUGAAGACUUUCUGUGGCACACCAGAGUACCUUGCACCAGAGGUGCUGGAAGAUAAUGAUUAUGGCCGUGCAGUGGACUGGUGGGGCUUAGGAGUUGUCAUGUAUGAAAUGAUGUGCGGGCGGCUCCCUUUCUACAAUUCAGACCAUGAGAAGCUUUUUGAACUCAUUCUCAUGGAAGAGAUUAGGUUUCCACGGACAUUGUCGCCUGAAGCGAAAUCUCUUCUAUCGGGUUUGCUGAAGAAGGAUCCUAAGCAGAGGUUAGGUGGUGGACCUGAUGAUGCCAAGGAGAUCAUGCAACACAAAUUUUUUGCUGGCAUUGUGUGGCAAGAUGUAUAUGAAAAAAAGCUGGUACCUCCAUUUAAACCACAAGUGACAUCUGAAACAGAUACACGCUAUUUUGAUGAAGAAUUCACAGCACAGAUGAUCACAAUCACCCCACCAGACCAAGAUGACAGUAUGGAUUGUGUUGAUAAUGAACGACGACCGCACUUCCCUCAGUUCUCUUAUUCCGCCAGUGGAACGGCUUAAUGUUUCGCUUGUCCAUUCACAGCAACCAAUCAGACUGCAUAUUUGGGGACCUUUAAUUUCGACGGACACUAGAGAACUCUCUACGAUACAUGAAUUACAAACUAUGUUUGUACUACGGUUUAGAUGAAUUUGUAGGAAGCCUCACAGGCUGUGUAUUUAAAACGAUCCUGAUGCAUUUUUUGAGUCAGAAUCUCUGAUAAAAAUUUUGACAAGGAAGAAAAGAAUUCAUUCUUAAAACAUUAAAAAUAAAAAAAGCUUUUUUCUUCUGGAAAAAAUGGCAUUUUAGGUUUUUAAGAAUAUGCACCAAAAUUGUUUUUUUUCUAGAUGUUUUAAGGUUUGCGACAUAGCAGCAACAUUGACCAUUAAAAAAAAAAGAAAUUCAUCAUUUUUUAUUUAUUCCAUACAGUUCCUUAUGUAAGUAGAAUACUUGCACUCUGAACAAUUAGAUUUACUUAGGAUGAGAAGCAGAUUUAUAGGUAGUGCAAUAACAUGAGCGACAGCAACAAAAAAUGAACAAACUGCAGAUGUAAAGGUUCAGCUCCAUUUGGGCAGCAGUUACAAUGUUGGCAUCUCUAGGAAUCGCAUGAUAGGAAUGGCAUUAAUGGCCUCAGUGAGGUAAAAUCAAAUGCAAGAACUAAUAUUAGUACACUUGCUGCAAGAAAGUGACAUAUCAGACAGAGGUGAAUGGUAUCUGGUCCGUUUCUAAAUUACACAAGUGUUGCAUGGAAGACAGUCCAUUUUAGUAUUUCAUUUGAGCAUAUUUGACUAGGUUUCACUUUGCCAAAUUUGGGCAGGCGCCCACUGGUAAUUUCUCUUGCAUUGGCACCUGUGAAACUAGAAGGAAUUAUGCAAGAGUGCAUCUCAGCUCUGCAUUCCCCACAUAUUCCUGUCCUAGAAUGUCUCCUGAUAGUUGUGCCUUGGAGAAUAUAAACCAGUUUUAUCCAUUUCAACUGAAAAAAGCUUUGCAAUUGCAAAAAUUGACCAAGGGUGGCUGGCAUAGAUAAGCGCACAACACUCUCAUUAGAUGGCAUAUCUUACCAAACAAGUUGUUUGACGGUCAGAUUUUUGGCACUGAAGUGAUUGGCCUUGUUCAUAUAUUUAUAGAGACAACAUGUCAUGCACGUUGAGAAUGCAUCUGUGUGUGUUUUUCACUUUUCAGUGUACAUUUUCACCAUUAUUGGAGCAAGGAGAAGCUCUAUGGUGCUGCCUUAAGAUUAGAGGAAACUCCCAUCUGUGGUUGCAGCAGCUGUAUGUAAAAAAAAUAUUGAAGAAGAAAAUUAGGAUGAAACUUCAUGUGAUCACAAAAAGAUGGUGUUAAGUAGUUGAUUCCCCCCCCCCCAUCACACCUCCCCAUCACUUUGUUUUGUAUUUUCAUAGCCACCUCAUUCUGGAUCCACCAAACCUUGUGACAAAAAUGGUCUCUUCGCCUUUUGAAGCAGGCUACAAUUUUAAGCUCUCUCUUGUGCUGCAAAUGAGUUUAUUCAGUUGUGGCUUUAUGUUCUUUUAGAUAUGCUUUUGUUUCUGUUCUCUUAUCUGUAUAAAAUUGAACUGUACUGCAGUUCCUUAACAUUUUUUUUAAUUUGAAAGGGAAUGUAUUUAAAAUAUUCACCACUUUCCCUCUACAUGAAAUCCCAUUGUUGUGUGUGUUGUGUUGUUGGCUUUUUUUUUUUUUACAACAUUCAACUCUAGUAUUUUUACUUAUGAUAUGAAAGCUUCCCUCAAAAAUUACUUCAAUAAAAUGUGCUUUAACAAG